AUGCCCUUCAGCUGUCCGCCACAUAUUCUCAGGGCAUACAAGAAUGGCGACUUCACCGACUUGGUUAUCAGCUGCGGCAAUUCGACAUUCGAUGUGCACUCGGUCGUCGUUGGCUCAGCAUGCGAGUUCUUCGCGAACAACAUCAAAUUCGGUGGAAAGGAAGCUGAUGAACGACGCAUCGAUCUGCCAGACGACGACCCAGAGAUGAUCCGACGCUUAAUCGCUUACCUGUACUUGGGUGACUACGAUCCCACUGACGACAUGGGCAUCGCCGCGUUCGAACAACUCAAGCAAUAUGACCUCAACACAGCAGCGGCGCCCGCUCACCACCCCCGCCGAUACGCAUUUGGAAGCUCUCAGCGUCAUGAUCAAUGCGCUUGCCUCGCGUUGAACCUCAAGAAUAUUGAGCAGUCGGAAAUGAAAAUAGAGCAGCAGAAGAAAGCGUCCCAAUACGUCAGCCACCGAAAGCCCGACAACAGCAUCGAAAUCACCAGUCCGCUUACAAUACACGCGAGCAUGUAUGCGCUCGCUGAUAAAUAUCAGGUGAAGGGGCUUAGCCGACUUGCAAAGACCAAGUUUCGCGAGAGCCUGGAUCACCACGUUGAUUCGGAAGACUUCAUCGCUGCCGUGCAACUCACGUAUAGCAAUACCCCAGAGACCAACCGCGGUCUUCGAGACGAGAUAGUGCAGGCUUUCCGGACAUAUUUCAAGGUGGACAUCACUGAGUUACCUGGCCUGGAGUCGAAGCUAGACACCAUUGAUGAGUUAGCUUUUCUGCUUCUCAAAUCCUGGCCCAGGAAGAUGGAAUCUCCAAGCCCUCAGAAGUUUGUCUCGUCUGCAGGUGCCGCUCACACGGCUUCUCAUCUGGUUAUUACCGCUGGUCCGCCCACCUCCGGUACCAACGCGACUUCUGCUUCUUCCAACGCUCCUGUGACGACCACUGGGUUUGCCUCUUAUGCUCGUACAUCGGCGGCCACUACCUCUAGUACUCCAGCCACCGGAAGCUUGUUCGGAAGCCUCCCCCCACGUGCUUCGGGUGGAUUCGCAGGCUUCUCGUUAAUACCCAGUGGUACUGGUAACGCUGGAUCAAGUCAACCAACUCGUCCUUUCGGAUCUCCAGCGUAA